AAAAGCAAUCUUGACACUAGAGCCUUGGUGGAAUCCACGUAACAGGUUCUAUUUACUUUCCCAGUAUUUCGUGUUUCCGCUCUAUCAAUAGAAAUUUACAGUCAACAUCUCAUAGAGGGAUCUCAGUUGUAAUUGAUUUAACAAGCUGUUUUUUCCUGCUGUCGUUAAACGGCGAAGUUAACGUCAAACAUAAGUCGAGACACUAUCGUCCUGAGUGAUAGUAUGAGAGAAUACGGUCUUGUAAUUUUUGGCGCUACUGGAUUCACAGGGCAAUAUGUUGUUGAAGAAGUAGCUCGGAUUGCCAAAGAAGAAAACAUCAAUUGGGCCAUUGCUGGACGUAAUGCGGAAAAAUUGAGUACACUACUACAAAAUGUUGGAAAAACAACUGGCAGCUCUCUCAAGGAUGUUGGUAUUAUUAUGGCAGAUGUUUGUGAUUCAAAUUCUCUUUGUGAGAUGGCCAAGAAAGGAGAAAUUGUUCUGAACUGUGUUGGACCAUACCGGUUUUAUGGAGAAGCUGUAGUGAAAGCCUGUGUGGAAAAUGGGACAAAUCAUAUUGACAUCAGUGGAGAACCUCAAUUUCUUGAGAGGAUGCAACUGGAAUACAACACUGCUGCCUAUGAAAACAAAUGUUACAUAGUUGGAGCUUGUGGAUUUGACAGUAUUCCUGCAGAUAUGGGUACCUGUUUACUAGAAGAAAAGUUUGGUGGCCAAGUUAACUCUAUAGAAACAUUUCUGAACAUAAAGUCAAAAAAGAGAGCUCACGGGCACUAUGCGACUUGGCAAAGCGCCAUCUACGGGUUUGCUUACGCAAAUGAAUUGAAGCCUUUACGGAAAAAGCUUUUCCCCGAGAGACUGCCUGAACUUAAACCUAAACUUAAAUCAAGGGCAAUACUUCAUCAUAACUCAUUAGUCAGAUCAUGGUGUCUACCUUUCCCGGGUUCUGAUCGUUCAGUCGUAAUGCGUUCCCAGCGAUAUUUCUACGCCAAGGAGAGUAAACGCCCAGUACAGAUGGCAGCGUAUAUUCAGUGUUCGUCGUUAAUAGGUGCUAUACUCAUGGCCCUAAUGGGUGCUACGUUUGGUCUGCUGGCGAGCUUCAAAUUCGGUCGUAGUUUGCUAGAAAAGUAUCCAAAGGUAUUCUCCUUUGGCACGUUUACUCACGAUGGCCCAACCAAAGAAGAGAUGGCUGAAACAUCGUUCGUUCUGACAUUAGCCGGCAAAGGUUGGGAUGAGAAACUAGCAGAGCCAUCCGAUACGUACAAUAAAGAGCCAGAAAAAGAGUUGGUAGUUCGGGUAUCUGGGCCGGAGCCAGGUUACGUUGCCACACCAAUCUUCAUGGUUCAAGCGGCUCUCGUACUUCUCCUCGAAACAGAUAAACUGCCUGCCAAAGGCGGGGUAUUCCCCCCGGGAGCAGCAUUCGCCAAGACUUCAUUGAUAGAGCGUUUGAUAAAAAGAGGAAUAACUUUCGAAACCGGUUUGAAGACCACUCGCUAGACAAGGCAAGACACCUGUGUCUUGGCGAAAUAGUAUCUGUUGGUGUGGAAAAGUACUAGCUUGUGUCAUUGUUCUGUGUUCAUUUGAUAUGCUGUAGUUUGGCUUGUCUGAGCUGUUGUAAAGACGUGUUACUCGCACAUCAUACUUGGACUAAACGUAUUAUAAACUAUAUUUACGUGUAAA